AUGCCACCAUGGUCGCUGAUAUCACCAGCCUCGCGAGGCAUUGGAUUUGCGCUCGCGAGAAGGGUCUUGCAAACCACAAAUGCGCCGGUCGUUGCGACAGCACGGAAGGACUUGGACAAGACCAAAGCAGAGCUCCUUGAUGGUCUUGAUAUGGACGAAAAAAGGCUCAAAGUUCUAAAACUAGAUGUUCUCGAUGAACAGACAAUCGCAGAUACAGCGGCGGCGUGUAAAAGUCAGUUCAGCGGCAGCUCGAAUCAGCUUCAGCUGGGGUUGAUAGUACCUGGAAUACUCUUUCCGGAGAAAUCGCCUACCCAGAUUAAUGCCGAUGAUGCGCUGUUGACUUUUCGAACCAAUACUUUGGGUCCAAUGUUGAUGCUCAAACAUUUCUCAUCCUUCUUGCCAAGAAAGUCUCACACCGUUGACAGAGAGCAAGAAGAGAUGAAUGGUUUACCAAGCAUAGCUACGAUGGCUAUCAUGUCAGCUCGUGUUGGUAGCAUCAGUGACAAUCGUCUCGGAGGAUGGUACAGUUACCGCGCAUCUAAAGCAGGUGUCAAUCAAACAGUAAAAACAUUCGAUAAUCAUCUUCGCACUGCGUCUGGAGAGAAUGCAAUGGCAGUGGCUUUACAUCCAGGCACCGUCAAGACCGGUUUAAGCAAGGACUUUUGGGCCAACGUCAAAAAGGAAAAGCUAUUUGAGCGCGAAUGGGUUGCUGAAAGACUUAUCGACGUCAUCAAGCAAGUGGGAGUCGAAGGACGAGGGAAGUGUUGGGAUUGGGAUGGGAAGGAAGUACUUCCUUGA